GCCCGUUGAGUUUAAUCGUUUUCUGUCAAAGAGUGCAGAGUGCUACACGGGAAUAACGUGCUAUCGUGACCCAGUGUUACAGCUGUAACUCGUUUAGCACCUAUUUGGCGCUCUAAUCGAAGGGUUAUUUUGCGUAGAUCCCUGCCACGUCUAAAGAACAACUAUGGCGAAGCUGAUACCUAUGGUGGUGGCUUUACUCGUGAUGACCGUUGGUCUCUCAGGUAAGUGUGACUAGUACGUGCUAACACAUUGUAAAGAAGAGUGCCGACUAUAGAGUCUCCUCAGUUCUCUUGGCUUCUUUUUUUUCAUUGCCUUGUCGUGACCCAAUCUGACUGGUGUCAAAUUUCCAAAAGAUUUGUGCUUUAGACCUCGCAGAUGACGUGAGCGCAGCGAUUUUGUCGCCACACCUUUCAUUAUUUGUUUGUAAGGUUCAUUUAAUGUUGUUUAUACUAUUUACUUGCGACGUUGAGCAUUCAUAUUUCAGCUUUGUUUUUGUGCUAUAUAUAUAUAAACGAUAAUCGACAUAAACAACCCUCAAUGUUCUCUACCAUAGCCUAAAACCUGAAACCAAACAUUUUCCCCAAACGAUUAAUGAGCACGCUUAUCGCGAAAUUUAACCCACGAAUGCGGCCUUUUCUCCUAGCUCCUCGACGCCAGGGACGUCUUGCCAGGAGGAACGUUUGCGACUCAGUGACAGAAAUUCCAUACUGACGACGUAAAUCAAUGUUUAGUUAACAAAUCCGGUAGUCAUGGGGUUCCAAAUGUAAAUUUGUUUGAUUUUAGGUUUCUCCUGGUCGAUUAUGGUAAAGUUUUGUGAUCUUUUGCGAACGAGGUCCAGCAAAACUCAAGUGCUUUUUCUAAAGAAGAAUAUAUUCUAGGAAUAUUGACUGUUUUUGAAGUAGAUUCAUCACGUUUAAAUUUGACCUUUGUGGCCUUUUGUUUUUUUUAAUUCGUAAACAAUAUCGGUAAAUAAUAUAACCACUACGUCAACCAAUCAUAGCUCCCGACCAGAUUCCGGAUAGGUCUUACGUCAUCACCGAGUAUUGAUUUUCUGUCGCUGAGUCGUAGACGUUCCUCCUGGAGAAACGUUCUUAGCGGCGAGGAGCGAGGAGAAACGGCUGUAUUCGCAGGUUACGCGAAAUUGAGUGCUGGGGUUUAACAGGAGCUCGGAGGACGCUUUUCUAAAGUCGACCUUUGCGCCUAACGAGCGAACGUUCAAUUACAGCAAUUAAAAUUGUUAACAUCAAUUUACCAGGAAGCUGGCUUUGUAUUGUUAGGGAAUGUACAUUCUGUACAGCGGUGCGCAGUUGAUAAUUAAUUAUUUUUGCCCUUCUUUCCACUGUGUUUUGAUAACUGUUGAGACAUUCAGAGAAAAACGAAUUUUGAUCCAUUUAACACAGGGGCGAACAGGUCAUUACCACACGCAGUCUUGUCCUUAAAUCCUUUUUCGUCUAGUUUCUGAAAACCGCGCUAGACAAGUUAAAAAGAUCUAAAGAUAUACGGGCAUCUUGCGAGAAAAGACUAAAAAUUGACGAUUUAAUAGACAAAAACAAUCAUUACAUGUCACUUCCCUUUCGAAGUUAAGCUAAGAAUUGCUAGGAAUUCCUAGGAUUUUCUAAGACAAUAAAUAAAUUCUUAGGAUUUCGGUUCCGGCCUAGGAAUGAAAGUGUCGGAAAAUUUAUUUUGUCCAAUCAUAUCACACUGUUAUAUUUAAGACAUUAAAGUUACAGAGAGUGCAUAAUUUAUUUUAACAGGAAAUUAGGAAAAGAGGGAAGAGACGAAGUGCUUCUUACAACACGUAUAACACUUCAUACAAUAUGUGUUGUUGGCUUCUUUUAACACGUACUUUGUCAUAUUCCUUUCGCUUCGAAGAAAGAUGCGCUGAAAAGAAUUCAUUGAUGGUGCUGUCAUCAAUUAAGUAGAAGGAUUAAGUUUCCGAAGAUGAGUGCUUUUAUCUCUUUCGAAAAAAGCAAUGUCCAUUAAGGCUUACCGCAAUGGAAACAACUGAAGCAUGACAAGAAUGCUCUGGUUGGUUUUCACUUCAUUACUGAGAACAAGAGUGACACAUUCAAGCAAACUAUCCGUUUCAGCUACAUGCACGCAAAAUUGUCUCUAGCCCGUAGUUUUUGGGAGAAGUGGUCUACCUGCCUGCCUACCUGUAACUCAAUACACACAACCCCAAGGGUAUAUUAAAUCAAAACCUGUUUAGAAGUAGGUUGAGCAUACCCAGUACGCAAUAGGACUGUUGUUGACAGUGACUGACGUUUCGACAACCUGUGCGGUAGUUAUCUUUAGAGUCAAAGUGAGUCGUAUCACGUCAGUUGAUGGCACUAAUCUCUGGUUAUUGACUUCAGUGUCAGUUCGCCAUGUUCUUGGUCGCCUGUCAGUUAAGCCGUGAUGUUAUUGGCUAUGAAGACUCGUAAUGUCAUUGGUGCGUUUCGAUCGGUCUAUUGUCACAGUUAAACAGUCGUUUAUUGUUAGUCAAUUUCUCGGCUGUCCAGUCAUUCUGUCGUUGUUCGGUUUGCUUGAGUCCGUCAAUACUGUGAAGUCGUUUGUACGGUGCCGGUAACUGUUGACUUAGACUGCGAGCAGUCUCUUAUUUUUCUUUGCAAAGUUACUGCACGAAAAAACCCAAGCAUGACGCCAGCGGCGAAGGCGCGAGCCCCGAUAAAGGAGGGCGUAAGCCCGAGAAGAAAAAAUAAGAGAAUGCUGACUCUUUUGUUCUGUCUGGGGACAACGAAACUGUCAAGGUAGUUUAAUUAACCAAUUAAGACCGAGUAACUUGAAACGAUUUAUAAAUAGAACAUAAACAAGUGAAAAUUUUUACUUUUUUAAAAAUCCGGUAAGAUUGCCUUGAUUUCCUUUCUGUAAGAUAUCCUUAAACAUUUUAGUUUACAAGCGAUUAUCGCUGGUUGUGACGCGUGACUAUUUUUAUCGCUUGCAUCUCCCCCACAGACCAGUCAACAGCUGUAAAAUUGACCAAUAGGUUACUCCCUUUCUGGGCUGACGGAGGAUUUGUUUAUUACUACAAAAGAGUCCGCAGUCCGUCUUUUCUCGUCUGGACCUAAUCCCUUAUUGUAACGUAACGUCGUUGUUUGCAAUCGCGCUGGCUGAGAUAAGAAAUAGACGGAUUUUAAGAGAAAAGGUGGACUGUAAGCAGUCUACUGUUGACUACGUUUCAGUGGCGUUUGCUCUAAGUUAGUAAACCAGCCUUCUAAAGUGAAUCAUUCCGACUAUAAACUUUAAGAAAACUACAAACUACUAAAUGGCGUGCGUGUUUAAUUUUGUUUUUAGCGAUCUAACCAAAUUAGUGCGCUUAUCAUUGUUGAAAUAUUUCACUAGUCUUCCGCGCAAACCCCUGAGCCUGGUGUAUAACCAGUUUCUUGACAUCAACAAAACAACUUAUUGUUCCACAGAAGAAUAACUCCGUACCAUUCUAUUAAACUAGAGACUUUUUUCUUGAAUUUCUCAAUCACCACUAGUUAUUUCAGUUAGUAUGAAUACCAGUCACGGACAGCGGGUUGCUCACUGGGUUUCUGCCACCAUGUUGAUUUUGGUGUCGUUGCAUCGCCUUAUGUAAGGGAAUCCAAGACAUUCUUGGAGUCUGAAUUCCACGCCGUGGAUUCAGGAUUCCAAUUACUAGAUUCCAGAUCUUUUUCAAUGAAACUUGGAUUCCGGAUUUCAAUUGUCAGUGGCAUUCAUGAUUCCAAGGUCCCGGAUUCCCGAUUCCACAUGCAAAAAUUUCCCGGAUGCCCGAAUCUGGAUUCCCUUACUUGGGGCGAGUUGCAGCAAUCUGGUAAGUCAGUAGAGACCUUUAGCAUCAGAUUUUCUAUGGGAAACCGCAAACUGCAAACUGCAGUUUCCCGUUACGCGUUUGAAGUUUCACGUUGCCCGGAUUUCAAAUAUUAGCGAGGCGUUCAAUUCAGUUCAGUUCGUUUUUAUUUAGCCAAAAUAUAAUGCAAUACAAGAAUACAUAUAGGAACUGUAAGUUGGCAAGGGAGCCCAAAAGAAACCGGAAGGCUUAUGAAGCCUGGGCUCCUCAGUCAUCCGAAGAAAUAAGUAAGAUAAAAUGAAAUUCGUGGAGUGAUACGUUAAAAAUAGCAACUAAACAGAGACUGAGUUAAGUUAUGAAUUGAAAUGAAAACUCUGGACUGGAACAGAAAACUUUCUUAUGUUAGUACGCCAGAAAGGAAUAUAAAAUCGAUUUAAACUGCGCGUUCAUUGUUUAGUGCCGUCAUGUUGUUUUUUAUCAAGUGGAAGUGCAUCACCUUUAUCGUCCAAAAAACAGGAAUAAUUCAUUGAUUCGAGAACAAAAAUCCAACAAACACAUCGCAGACGGACAUAAAAAGUUUUUUCGUGCCUUUAAACGCGAGACUGUAAAAUUUUUAGUGGCAAAAAACCUUGCCUUAAGUCACUUACCGCGAAAAGCCCUUCCCACCGUUCAAACGUUCAAACUGCAAACGCGACCUGAAGACCGUGGUCACGUGACAUGUGGUUUGCGAUUUGCGGUUUUCCAUGAAAAACCUGAUGCUAAAGGUCUCUAGUGAGCAAAUUCUGUUCAUUUGGAAUUGCAGCCCUUGCCGACCAAAUAAUACCUAAAUGAUGCAUUGUUUCUCCUUGGGCUAUCUUAGAGGCAAUAAGAUGGGACAGACAGCCUGAGAAACCAACAAUCCUGGUUGAAGGAGUAAACAACACUGGGGAGAGUCUGAAACUCGUCUGGACUUACGUUACUGAGCCAUCCGAAUUUAUUCUAAGAGUCACAUUUCAAAGGCGAAGAGAUGAUGCUGAUGUAGCGGAAGAUAUUGCAAGCAAUUUCGGAGGAGGACCGUUUACUGUUUUUUCAAAAUUUAUUUCAAACUACAGUGCAAGCCUUCCAGCCACACUGAUUUUGAGAAAUCCCGUGACCAACGACGACGAGUUCAUAUAUUCUAUUGUGGUAUCGUUCUUAAGAAAUGACCGUCCUGAGCCAAUUCUUAGCGACCAAGUACAAUUAAUAGUGUUUGGUAAGUAAAGUAUCUCUUUACUUCUACGUUUUAAUUUUCAGUUAUUUUUAACAUUUUCAGGCUAAUGCGUCUUUCAAAACUCCUUUCCCUUUAAUGAGUGUGAGAGAGAUUUAUGAACCCAAUUUUACUUUACGUCAUUCUAAACCUCUUGUGAAAAGUCUUUGAAUGGCGGCUUAUGUAUUUUUGACAGUCCCUUUUUCAAAAGUACUGUUGCGGUAAGCUUCGCAUCAGUUACUUCAAAGUCAAUGGAACGUGAGUUCGUUCUUGCGUGCCCGGCUUUAAUUUGAAAUUAACGAAAUUGCCUUUUUUACAAUUUCUGCACGUGCCCUUAAUGUUUCAAAAGCCUCAUUUUAUGUUAUGGUUAGCUGACUUAAAGGUAAAGUUUGAAAAUACUGAGUAUGUUCAUAGUUUAUUGCAUCACCAUCAUUUUUCACGACACUGCAAUCUACAGACAUAAAUACCAAUUAAUAUUUUAAAACUCGUUUUCCUCAUGCAGUUUAGUUUGAGUAAAAUACUUUCAAUCACGUAGCAAAUUAUACAUCCAGUUAUAUAGCAGAGCCAAGGUUCGUUCGUUGCGUUAAUUAACCAGCCAUAAAAGUAAUUUUAGGUAGAGCGAUUAUUUUUAAAAAAGAAAUUUCGGGCCUUGCGAGAACGAUUAACGAUAAUUAACAUUAUAUUGGUCGCGUAGAGAUGAAGUAUUCACGCUAUUUCAAGCAAAACGUAAAAUAAGCAACUUAAAGGUAAAUCAGUUGUCGCCGUCGCCUAAUUAUUUUAAAAUGUAUUAGGCAACUUGUUUCCAAAGUUUAGGAUUUAGUUCUGAAAUGCGUAGGAAUUAUAGGAAUGGUGAAUCAUGGAAUAAUUUGCAUACAGAAUCACCGGCACGACUGAAUAUCGAGUGCUGUGUCAUAUUUCGUCGUGUACACAAUAUAUGAAUGCUGUAUAUGAUUUGAAGUUUCUCCGUGCAAAAACAGUCAUGAUAACAGAAAAAAGCGCUUCGAGAGAUCAGUUGUCGAUUGAUCUCUUCAAUUUUGACAUGGUUUUACAGUUCCUACCUUUAUAUUGUGGACUCUGACUGUACAGUAUAGACUGACAUUAAAGAAAAAAAACGUAGUCAACGUUUUAUCCUUCCGGCGACCCGGCAAACAACCUAUAAACUUAGUCCAUUAAAAGCCUCCCUAAGGCUGUGCAAAAUAACAAACACAACUAAUGAACGAACAAAUAUUUGACAAUAAUUGCACGAGUGCGCGUCAGAUAUGAGUUGGCUACAAUCAUCUCAUAUCCGUCAAGCGCAAGUGGAAUAAUUCUUUUAUUAAAAACGCCCACAAAAUAGCGAAAAUUCUUUCCGACUUUAUUUGUAAAAACAACCGAUUUUCAGCUUUGAGCAGACGCGUACAGUAACCUUGUUUGGAGAGAAUGGUAUAAUGGCUCAUAUAUAUACCAUGAUGGCUAAGCCAAUCAGAGCUCUAUAAUUGCAUUAUCCAAUGAUUCAGUUUUUAAUAAAACAAUAUAUACAACGAUUAUUUAUUUUUUUUGAGGAAAACUGAAUAGCAAGGUGUAUUUAUAGUUUUACAACUGUACUUAUAAAUCGCCAACCUGAAUUCUCUAUUACUACCAUUUUAGAAAGUUAUUCUAUCAACACUAACUCCCUCUGGGAAAGAUAUCAAUGAUACUAGUCCGCAUUUACUCGCGGAGUAAUAUACUUAUAGUAUAUUUACAUAGAGUUUCACCGCAUUAAAGAACUUUAUCACAGUGCAGAGUAACCGUUGCAUGUUAAUCGUUAACAAAGAAACAUUGCGCAAUUCUUACAAACCUCUGUUAAUCAUACACUCUCUAUCAAGCGGACACUUGGGAAGGUCCCUAAAGGUGUCCGCUUAAUAGAGGUCUCCCUGUAUUAUUAUUAUUAUUUUUACUUUAAUAAAUUCUUUAUUUUCUUCUGUCUCGGACAUAUUAGCUUUAAGAGCUACACUGUAAAUCUGAGGAUAAAUAAAGGUGAUGUUUGUACGUAUGUAUGUAUGUCCUGGAUGAAUUUGCAGGUAAGAAGUCUAAGAAGGACCAAAACCACAUCAUUCUAAUUUUGGAGAAAAUAUUACAUAAUAAAAUUUCGUUUUUAGGACGGUCGAAUUUAAAAUCUAACCAUGACUGACUUUUCGAAUUAUUAUUUACAGCUCCCCCCACUGUUUCCUUUUACAUGUUUUAACUGAAUUUGAACUGGAUGUUCUGCAGGGUUUAAAAAUAAAGGAUACUUCUAUUUGAAGACUUCUGUACCUGGGUAACCUGCAAUAGGCGAAUCUUUGUUUACAUUUUUUGCCUCAUUAACAUAUGCUUAUCACUGUCUGAUGAAGCUAAUAAAAUAAAAACUCUGAAUAUUGACAGGGCAUAACAGUUUGCAGUUAUCCCUGAAAAUUUGAGCCCAAUACACCGAAUGGUUUCGGAGAAAUUCUCGUCUAAAAACUCGAAAUUUUACAGAGAAUGUAUGGCUCAUUAACUUUUUUGCCACCCAGCAAUUUCAAAGUUUUUGAUGGCUGAUAUUUCCUUCAAUAUUGCUUGCAAAGAGCUGAAAAUUGCACAAAUUGCUCAACUUAAUCAGCUCUUUCAACUUUUGCCUUUUAUACGACCACGGCUUCCAACUGAGUUAAGUCAGGAGCCUGGUUAAGUCGUAUGCUAACGAGGAAAAUGGUACGGCAAUGACGUCAGCAAAGAUUCGCUUAUUAAUUAAAAGCAGCUUGAUGGCUCCUGUGGCUGACGUAAUCAUUUCCAGCUUAAUUUUCUAAUAACGCCAGAAAUCAUGAAAGAAAGCCAGUUGUUAUAUCUGCGUUUUUUAUUUUCGUCAGUGCCUCCAAGAAUUACAACGGAGCCAGAGAGAGAGUCUAAAGUCAGCGUUGGAGAAAAUUUGAUGCUGACGUGCAGUGCAUCUGGCGACCCACUCCCAGAAGUCACAUGGAACAAAGAGGGCCAAACGCUGAGGCUCUUUAAUGUCACUGGCCCAGUUCUGCGUCUCGUUAACGUAACGAGGGAGGAUUUUGGAUCUUACAAAUGCACAGCAAAAAAUAAAGUCGGAGAGGCCUCUCGCCCUUCCCUGGUUAACAUAGCAUGUAAGUAAUUUUUAAUUUCAGUUUUUAACAUUAAAAGUAAGCAAUGCAAUUGAAGUAAUAAGUACUGUUCUUUCAUGCUAUCGAUUCGCUCAAGAUUCUAUCAAAAGGUACAGUUGCGUUGUUAUUUUCUUGUGAACAAUUAUCGUGAUAGGCUAAAAUGUAUUGAAUGUAGUAGUUUGGAACUGCGAUAAAUUAAGUUUGCCCUAACCACGACAUUUGCCUCCGUCAUUGAUGAGUGUGGCAAAACUGGGUCUUAAAAAAACUGACGAGUCACGUUAUUCAGUUCAGUGUGGAUCAGAAACUAUUCUAUCUUUUCAUGUGAGACAGAUUCAUUGAACUAAAUGUAUAGCUGAAAGACAUUUAUUAGCCCAUUUUUUUUGUUAUUAUAAACUUUUGGCAAAGCUUAGCAUUCAUUGUCGUCCCAUAUAAGGGAUUCUCGAUUCCAGACACCAGGAAAUUUUGGCUUGUGCAAUUGGGAAUCCAGGAAUUUUUGGCUUAGAAUGCAGGAAUCCUGCAAUUUGGAAUCCGGAAGACAGCUAAAGGAAACAGGAAUCCCGCCAACGAUUGGAAUCCGGAAUCCAACUUCCAAUGACAAAGAAUCCGAAAUCCAGUACCUAGAAUCGGGAAUCGUCGAAUCUAAGGCUGUCUUGGAAUUCCUUUUUUGAAAUGCCCUGCAGUUGCCUGCAGAAAGAUACUUUGGGGGCUGUUAUCAGUUUAUAGUAUCACAGACAGGUUUAUAUUUAAAGAAUGAACCCUUGGACUUACACGCAAACUAUGGAACCCCUCCCCGGAGUUUUUGAUAUGUUGCAGUAUUUUGGAACGAUUUUACCUUUAGUGGAAAGCCUUUGAUGGUCUUAACAAGAUGAGGUGUAUUUUAGGGGUGCUGGCGCUGCUGGAGGCCUAUGACGUCACCAAAAAUGGUUGCCAUUUUGGCCGCCAUCUUGGAUUUUACCAAGAAUUAGAAAUCAGGUUAAAACCGCGAGAAAUGAAAAUUUUUUGUGCUUUACAUGAAAAAUAACACAUAAAUAAGCAUUCUGCAUGUUUUUAGCCGUAGGGUUUACUUUUAAUGUUGAAAGAAGUAGAAAAAACGUAUAUUUUCACCGAAAAAUGGCUUGACCACAUGCUACUUAUGACGUCAUAUCUCGUAACCAUAGCAACUGACCAUCACUAAACUUGUCUCAAAAUGUGCGCGAGAGAUGAAUGAACAACUACUGAAAACGUCAGUUACUGAUAGUUUAUCCUCUAGGAAAAAACUCAGAAAACCCUUAUACCCUUGUACGUCGGAGGUUUAACAUAUUCAAUUGAGGUAUUUUGUUGCUGGCAAAGGAAUUCUCAUAGCUUGCUUCUAAUUUUUUAAGUAUAUAUAAUUAUUUAUCUCUAUUUAUGUCUACGUUUGACAGGUCCAGAAAACCAGUGUGAGGAUCAUGAAUUUGGAAUUAGAAUAACAAGCGUCAGAUGGAGACAAGCGUUUAACAACUCCAAUGCAAUUGAAUAUAAAACCUUGAAAUCAGCUGUCGCAUUAGAAGUAAGUCAAUUACCCUUUUAUCGUCUGUACUUUCCAUUUUCUUUUGCUCCAUAACCGAGAAAUACAGAAUUAAGCAAUGGCUGAAUAAUUCCUCGCUCUUCAGGUUACUUACAAGCUGAAAUGAUGGGAAACCCACACAAAAACAAAAUACUCAAAAACCCCGGCUAAUUAACGACACUUAGAACUGGAAAACUGCACAUAUCUACUUGAGUAAUACUGUGAACUUCCAGGAUUUACAUGUAAGGGUUUUAUUACAUCUCUGGCUUCAACUGGGUGUCUGUCUUUAAUCAGUCUGCUAUCAAAUGUAUUGAAGGAAUUUCACCUGUUUCUUUAACAGAUUGCAAAAAUCUACACCCAAUCUCAAAAUACCGAAAAGCAGCUAUAUGGUAUAACUAUUGUGGAAUUCAGGUAUAUAUGACAUAUGUAGCAGUUUAUCGUUGACAUGCAAUCGUGUAAUUGUUAAAAGAAAAGAAAGAAAAAAAAAAAAACAGAAGAAAACUGUAUCCGAAUAAACGAUAGCUGGAGGGCAUUGGUAAAGAAUUGAAACUCAUCGUUAAGUUGUUAAUUACAUCCGUUAUAUACUAAUCACAGUCGGGUCAUAACCUUGUUAAAAAUGGACGUUUAUUUAGGAAUUACUGGAUGGACAUUAGUAUGAUAAUGAUGAGAUAAAGGGGAGAUCUGCACAAUUUCGCAGAUCAUACGAAAGCCUUAUCUAUGCCAAUAACAAGUUAAAACAUGCUUAAACCUAGCCUGAUUCUCAGACGUCCAAGGUCGUUCGCGGUCCCUUUCGCUCCUCUCCCUGUCGACCGCGGACGACCUCGGACGCCUGAGAAUGGAUGCUAAGUUCUCGUCUUCAUUUGCCAGCUUCUGGGCAAGUUCAUGAUAUAAAGUAGGUUAAGAAAAUAUCUGACACUUCGCGAUAAUAAUGUCUCAUCACGUUUACAUGAAAGGUGUGAAGAGGCUGUUUAGAGGGUGGGGGGGGUGGGGGGGGGGGGGGGUUAAGGGGAGGGGUAAUAGGAGAGCAUUAACCGCCAAAACAAGGCGUUUGCAUACCAUUUUUGUUUUUCUUUAAGUGCUCUGGAAGCAUUCAAUACUCUUCAGAAAGGGCACCAAGGGAUGGCAAUUUUAUUUUUGUCCCCACCCGAACUGUCCCUCACCCACCUGGGGUCACCCACCCCCAUGUAAAUGGGCCCUAAGAUAUAUUAUAUUUUCAGAGAAGGAAGUACCAUUGCUGUUGUUCGAUUACGAUUUGAAAGAAACAUCAGCGACCCCUUGAAGCCUUUGGAAGAUGCUAUCAAAGAUGGCAUAUUGGGGCGGAAUAUUAGAGUUGAUACACAGCUCCUUAAUACAAGUAUGUCAAGCUCCAAGUCAAUCCAGUAGUUACCAUUAGUUUAUUUUCAACAAAGCUGACAAACAAACAAACGUGAUAGGGAUACUAAAGGGGAACUUACAACCUGACUCAUAAUAUAAAUUCCACCUCAAAUUGCACGGAAAUAACGGAAUUUAAUAUCCAGUUCACAAAGAGUUAUCAAAAUAUCAUUUAUUUUUUUUAUCAAGUUCAUAAAAAAGAGUUCCAAAUCAACUGAAGAAAAAAAUGCACAUCAGUUAACCGUUUAUUGGCGAUUUGCUAAAAGGAAAAACGUUUUAAAAUAGAUUAUAUACUUUUAAUUUUUGCAAACUAAUAGUAUAUACAUUUCAAAGUGCUAUGAGAGGAAAAAAAGUAACGGUGUAUUUUAUUCAAGAAAAAAAGCGAACAGGUUUCCCUACCUCUUUGGCAAAAGAACUUGGAUAUUUCUUUUCACUUUCAUGCAUAAGAUUGGUCUAUUCUAGACAGUAUGAACUCCUGAGAGUUGGUACACUAAAAUAAUAAUAAUAAUACGAUGACGAUGAAGAUUACGGUAAUGAUGAUAAAGAUUUUACGUGUAAUUUGAACGUUACAUUAUAUCUGACUGAAUUUAUGUGAACAUGGCUUCAAUGAGUGUCUACAGGUCCUCUGCUAAGUACCAAGAAUUUCACCCCGCCUACCAGGGACACUGGGUUACUGCCUGCGCCUCCGAUCCCCCCUGGAGACGCAGCAGACGCCUGAUUCAGCUGGCUCGGGCAAACUAAACACAAGAUGCCAGUCAAAGCCUCUAGCAAACACUGAUCUUUACAAGGGAAUGUGUCAAAAUAGCCCCCUCCCUACCCCUCUAGUUUUGCCCCCAAUCCUGAGCCACCCAUCCACCUUUAGGGCAGUCCCUGGGUCCACCCGUGCCGUCAAAGACGCCAAGCCCUCUACCUUUUUGGAGACCGCAGUGGCCCAGAGCCGGGCUGCGCCCGGAACCAAGCGAAAACCUAGUGGCCACGUUUUAAGGAACUCAGAUAGAUAUAUCUAGCCUAUUUUUUGAGAACCAACCUAACGAAAUUUGCAGUCAUUGAGUAAAAAGGCUUCAAAAGGCAGUUUUUUUGGGCCUUAUAAGCUCAAAAAUCACACUAACGAAGGAAAAGGAAAGGAGAAAAAGCAAGAGCGAGGAGGAAGAAAGGAGGAGAAGAGAAAAAACAAUCACGGUUGCGCUCUUAGUUUUUAUAAUUGCUACUUUGAAAAAACUGUUGGACGCAAAAGGUCCAUUUCACGGUAACGUUUUAAAAAAUCCGGCUAGGAUAUUCUGGGAAUUAAGCAGCUUUCUUUGAUGACAAAUGUCCUGAAAAGACGUCGUUUUCCACUUGAAAAUAGCACAUUUUGAAAGAUUACUAGAAUUCUUUGCAAACAAUGUUGGCCAGAAAUCCUGUGUUUUCGAAGAAGGAGGCCACCUCCGGACCCAGUUUCGCCUCAUUUCUGCUCUCCCGUCACCAUUCAGUGACAUCUUCUGGCGGCACCAGCUGGAAACUCUAGGCCACACAGCUUAACUUGACUUAAAUAAAGUAAAUAUUGUAAAGAAUCUCAGCUCUUACCCAUUAGCCUUUUAAGGUGACUCUACUCUUGGUUCCUGGCUAGUAAAGAAAUAUUGAAUUCAUCUCCAUCAAAAAGAUAUUCUCAACCUGGCCAUCUCUAGCUGCUUUAAGCCGGCUCUACUCGACAGAGGCAGCUUAAGACUUAAGCUAGCCCUAAGCAGAGCAUUCAAGGCCACGUCACCCCCCAGACCUGACACGGCCUCGCAGCCGAGCACGUGGGUGGGGGGAAUCCUUUCACUGGCCAAUCGGCCUGAAACAUUUAAAGAAUUUGGCAUGACAAACUGACGGCUGACAGAUGAUCAAUGAACUGAGUCUCCACAGAGACUAACGGAUCAUACCACGCUUUUCCAACACCCUCCCCUUCUAGUAUAGGGGUUGACAUGGAGGCCCCUUCCCACCCCAUGGCAAGGUAGCUCAGGGACUGAGCUUGACGAUGAGACCAACCAAGACAGCAACAGUGAAAAUUCUAUCCGCAGUCACCAGAAAAUAAUGGCAAUUUCAACGUUACAUCAUCUUUAUUUCAUUUCUUAUCUGCAUUUCUUACAGUUUAUCUGCUCAGGUUCUUUCACUGUCAGAGAAGUUUCUAUCAGCCGGGUGUAAAAACCGUCAAUUUCGCGCAAUACUGACUGCGUUUGUUUUUACCAUCCAUUAUCCUUCUUUUCGAAGAUUGAAGUGUUAUGUUAGUAGAAUAAAAAACCGGCCACACCUGCCAACGGCAAGGAUAAUCAUUUGUUUUAACUUGUUAAGUUUGCCUCAAAAAUAUAAAACUCGAUCAUCGAGAGAACUUUCCCUAGAAAUGGAACGAAAUGCUGAAAAAGAUAAAGUUUGAUGAGAAAUGGCAGCGACGGAGACAACAUGAGAAAGAACGGAUGCCGGGCCCCACUAACAUUUACUUUUCUUACAUUGGCUAUAGAACACAAAUUUGUAAAGGAACAAAAAAAAAUGGAGAGGAUUAUUCCUUACUAGCUCUUAGGCAAAAUUAAAAUCAGAUCCAGAAGCACACAUGACAAUUGCAUGUACUAUCUCAACACAGUGCAGUUAUAUGGAAUUAAGAUUUUUAAAUGUCAGACUGAUGACUCUCUUGUAUAUAUUUCCCUAAGUGUUGUGCGAGUAACAAGGGACGUGUGAUUAAGUAGUAGGCCUGGGUCUGAUGGGUUUUAGACUGUUCACAGUCCCCUAUCUUUUUCGUGAGAUCGCCGAGAUAUAGCGCGUCUGAUCUUACCGUUAAUGGCGGCCAUCUUGAUUUUCAAAUGUACCAAGGGGGCGGGCGUCGGGAUUACCCUAUUAAGUAGUUUUGACACUCAUGCAAGAUGGCAGCCCGUAACGCAAAGCGCUCGAUUUCGACGAUCUUACAGAAAAACUAGGACUGUGAACAGCCUAGAUGGGUCUACCUGUGGAAAAUGAUUGGUAUUGGCUAAAUCUUCGGCAAAGCGGAAGGAAUUAAUUAAAAUUUGGUAAACAUAAAGAACUCAGGGUCAUUAACAAUUUAAAGUACAAAUAUUGUGUUGGUAAGUCACGUGCUAUGUCAAGUGACCAUUUUUCUUAAAAUCCUAAAUAAUUGACAAAUUGGUGACGGGUUUAAGAAAAAAAAUCAUGCAAUUGCAUAUGAAAUAUUUAACACUUCACGUCUGGAAUGACUGUCCAUCUCACUUCAAUAAAAAAUUAUGACAGGAAACAUCAUUUUAAAUGCCAAAAUCUAAGCUUAAAUAAUUAUUUGUAAAAAAAUAAAGUAUGUUUAUCUUUUAUCACAAACGCCAAUAAUUUAUCCAAAGAGAGUAAAUUCGCCACCAAUUUGCCAAUUUAUAACAGGGCUUAUAACAGGAUGGAUUUUUUGUUUAGAGCUAGCAGCUGGGCCUUAUAAAUGGGGGAGCUUAUAGGUAGGGGCUUAAAAAUAGGAAGUUUACGGUAGAUUUAAGGGUUGGGGCUCGAGUUAAGGACCUUUAGCGGUAGUCACGCCCGAAAGCCCUGCAAAUAAAAUCCUGUGCUAAGAAGACUGACGUUUGUGUUUAUUACAAUAGGUUUAUUUUAUUGAAACCAAAUUUUAAUUCAGUUUUACUUUCUCGUAUUUUUUUCAGCAAUACAUCCUCCUCCGCCUUCGACAACGAGUAAGUAAGCUUCACAAAUUAACAAUCAUUCGAAAAGGAAAACAAUGCUGCAGUUUACGGUAAAUUUAUGAGGGUUGGGGCUCGCGUUAAGUACCUUAUCAUAGGUGACGAAUUACUCCGUAAUUUUGGCGCGAAAUUUCAGCGUUAAUUUGUAAUUUCACAUGUGAAAUUACAAAAUUGACAUGGCAACCUUCCGUACGUCUCAGUGUCAAGAUGGCGACGGAGUUUUUAAAUGCCGUGAAUGAAGAUGUUAGGGCACAAAAAGACGCCUUAGAAAACCUGAACACACAAAAGAGAGCAUUAAGAAGGAUUCUAACAGGUAUUUUGUUAGAAAAUUUUGAAAAUUCUGAACUUAAGCCAAAUUUAAGGUCUAAACAUUUGAGAGAAUGGAGUUCUCGAUCGAUACGAUCCAGGCUAAACAUGUCAAAAAUUCAAGAUUGCUAACGUAGUUCGUCACCCAUGAUAUUAAUAGGUAAUCAAAUCGUGAAAUUGUACACUCGUGAAAUUAAGGAAAUUAUUGACGUUUGUGUUUAUUACAAUAGGUUUAUUGUUUUGAAACCAAAUUUUAAUUUCUUUCUCGUCACCAUUUGAUUACACAAAUUAACAAUCAAGCGAAAAGGAAAAUAAUGCUGAAGCUUACGGUAGACUUAAGGUCAUUUAAGGGUUGGGGCUCGCGUUAAGGACCUUUAGCGGUAGUCACGCCCGAAAGCCCUGCGGAUAAAAUCCUGUGCUGAUAACACUGACGUUUGUUUUUAUUACAAUAGGUUUAUUGUUUUGAAACCAACUUUCAAUUCAGUUUUACUUUCUCGUAUUUUUUCAGCAAUGCAUCCUCCUCGGCCUUCAACAACGAGUAAGUAAUUUACACAAAUUAACAAUUAGCCGUAGUCACGCACGAAAGCCCUGCGAAUAAAAUCCUGUGCUGAUAACACUGACGUUUGUGUUUAUUACUAUAGGUUUAUUGUUUUGAAACCAAAUUUUAAUUCAGUUUUACUUUCUCGUAUUUUUUCAGCAAUGCAUCCUCCUCGGCCUUCAACAACGAGUAAGUAAUUUACACAAAUCAUCAAUCAAGCGAAAAGGACAACAAUGCCCAGUGUUUUAGAGCACAUAUUAUCCCGGGGGGCGCCGGGUACUUCCUUAUAAGAGGCUAACUGGGAUGUGCCGUUGGAUGGGGUCGCAUUUUCACGACUACACUGCGAGCAGUCUCUCUUUUUCUUCAGAUUUAGCAAGGGGAGUCCACGCGCGCGAGCGUUGAGCAGCGAAGCUGCGAGACGCGAGAAACGAGGGCGUUUUGCUCGACGGACCAAGAAAAAAAAGAGAGACUGCUCGUAGUCUAUUUCACGACUGGACUGACUAUAAUGGGGUCGCAUUUUUAAUGCAGUUACUAGUAUGAGGUCGCACAUUUUCGGAUUUUUGGGGGUAAGAAAGUUCUUCAUAUUUACGGUUAGCAAACAUACCAGAAUGUUUGUGCUGUAGAUGAAAAGUAAAGUGUUCUUCAUUCAAUCUAAAAAAUGAGUAAUUUCGUAAAAUUAGAAAGUGACUAAGUUGGGAUCGCGAAAAUUACAUAUUUUCCCAAAAGUGACUAAGAUGGGGUCUAUAAUUGGCCACAGAAUAGACUAUAAUGGGGUAGGGGCUCUGAGAGGCCAGCGGCACAUACCCAGCAAAAAUUAACCUUCCCCCCCCCUCCCCGGGCAUAUUAUCUCCCUUAGGCAUUUUAAGCAAAAGUGGGAGCGAAGGCAGCAAAAAAUGUCGCCGAUGUAAAGGACCAUCUGUUGCUUAGGCUAACAAUGUUACGUUAACGAUCAACUGUUACAUCAACCGAACGUAAUACGUUAAUGUUCGUCACUGCGAUUUAACUACUUAUAGCCUAAGAGAGAAUGAAUGCAUGCCUCAAACCUGCACUGAGUUUUAUAAAAGAGCCUUUGUAAUAUAUAGCGGAAGUGUGUUGCGGAACAGCUUGCCUCUGGAGGUUCGGCAAUUAACAUCCCCUAAUGUUUUUAAACCAACAUUAAAAAACCUUCAUUUCGAUUGCGAAAUUACUCAAAUUAGCGAUACGCAAUUUUUACACACGUCCUCCUUGUAUAGCAGGUUUUUUCUUAUCAUCUUUCUUGUUUAAUUGCGUUCGAGGUACGAGAACGCAACCCCUAAUUUGUGUUGGGUGUUCUGUGCAUUAUUGGGUGUCCUGUGCAAUUGAUAAGGGAGGUUUUUUGAGAUUGCCUUUUCGUCAUCGUCGUCGACACACAUUUGCCUCGCUUUGAGGCGCUUGCUUAAGUUUUGCCUCACUUUGACGCGCUAACUCAUGUGGUGAUUCUUGUUUCCUCGGCGUUCAGCUUUCAAAGGUUUGCUGAGGUCUGAUAUUCUGUCUUCGUAAAGCGUUUAUCUUUUAAAAAGUUUGCUGAAUCUUCGUAAAGCGUACAUCGAUCUGUGUUUGCUGAAUCGUCCAAAGCGUUCAUCUUUCAGAAGUUUGCUGUUAAAUUUUACUUUGGUUUAAGCCUUCAUAUAUUUUUCAGCAUGGUUCGUCACUGUCUUUGGAAAAUGUCUGCGACUCCUGGUGCAUGCAUCAAACCGGGUUUAGUUCGGUGGCCAUUGUGCCACAAAGUAAAUUUACCGAGUUGUGUUGCUCGCCGGCCGUUGUAUCACAAAGUAAAUCCACCGAGUUGUGUAGCCGGCGGCCGUUGUGCCAGAAAGUAAAUCUACCGAGAUGACGUGAUGUCAUAAUCACAUUUAUCUAUAUCGCAACUACCCUUCCGCCUCAACUGCUUGCUACCUGUAUGCCUAACAAACAUAUCGAACGCACUCCCCUAAGCUCCGAUUACUCCUAGUUUUUAUCUUGGGUUCUAGUUUAGUUUGGUAGUUAGUUUUCUAUACUUAAAUGAAAAUGUACCUGAAGGAAAUACCGUGUAUAAAUAAAGUUGACUUACCUUACCCCGAGGGUUCUGAUGUCACAUGACGUCAUAGAUCUGCCAUUUUGAAUUUUGAUCCCACAGAUACCCAGUUUCAGCAAAAAUAUAGCAUUUUACUCUUCCAGAAUAUUUUUAGAUAUAAAUAGUGCCUGUAGUCUCAGAUUCGUGACUUUUUCCUUUUUAUUACUCUGACUCAUAGGACCCAGGUUUGCCUUUACUAUUUCAUGCUUCCCCUCUUACAUGGUGGCUCACAUAGCACGUGACAGUUUGCCCUCGGGAGCUGAUGUUAGUCUUCUUCAUCUUAACGAUCCCAGCUGUGGUGUGAGUUAUGUGACCAAGAAGAGUGUUAUUAUAAAGGCUCCACUGAAAGGCUGCGGAACAGUUCGGAGGUAAAAGUAAACUCUGAAAUACGUAUCAUUAAAAUGAUCUGGUAAUUAGUGAGCAGUAAGUCCUCGCGUCAUUUCAGCGCUGUUAAAUGUAUCAGGUAUCAAAAAUCAAUAUUAUUUUGUUAGAUAUAUUUUGGAUCUCUUAAAUGCUUCAAAAGUGCUGUCAGGAGCCUGCUCGGCCAGGUCAACCCUUUUAAGCCUAGUCUGUUUUUACCAGUCUUUUGUGGUACGGAUGGGCGAGCCUCAACCUUGGCUGUAAAGUCUUAACCAGUAAUGCCUUGUUAGCCUGGUCUUUCCAUGUUUCUCUGGUAGGCUCAAGGCCUGAUGCGUAUAUAAAAGCUUGGUUUCCACGGAGUUGUUGGUGAGCCUGGGGUCUAUUUAUUACAGCUUAAUUUUAGAUGGGUAAUUAUACGUGAAAUUAUUAUUUUAGAAUCUAAAUUCAGUAGCCACACUUGAAAAUUACAGCUAAAGUUUUGUCGAAAUGACUCUUAGUUCACAGUAUCAUCUGAAAACUGCUUGGUAAGCCUGGUUGGUUUUGCUAAAUACAGUGAACGACGUAUUUUUAAGUAGGAGGGAACGGACUGACGAUAUGAUAGAUGGACAUGAUAGUUAAAAAAACCUUGAAAACAAGUACAAAAGAACACUGAGGUUUUCGCCUUUCAGAAAUCCAAGUUUAUAUUUUUCUAAACGUUUACUUGCUUUCAUUGAUACAAUGUGCAGGUGACAAAGUGGCGGUUUUUCUCUAGUAAAAAUAAGUCUAGUUGAGAGAGGAAUACAAUUGUUGUUGUUGUUGUUGUUUUUUCUUUUCAACUCGGAUUCCUGUUGAUAACGAUGGAGCUUUGAAUUUUUCUCUUGCAUGUUUGACCAGGAACAUUGGGUACAAAAUGUUCUUCCAUAACAAGGUAGUGGUACCCUCUGGAUAUCGUGAAAAGAGGUCGUUAUCCGUGUUUCCGUUCAAGUGUGUUUACAGCCGAUUUGGCUUUCCGUAAGAAACUGUUUUAAGCUACUCAGUCCAUAAUCAUAACUAAGGUAAGAAGUGAUGGAUACACUGUGAUUUGGCAAUUAUUAAACAUGUUCGAACGGCAUGGUUCUUUUUCUGUGCUGAGUUUUCUCCUUGUUGAAGAGCAACUAAUUCAUAGAGAACAAAGGAAAUCAAUUCCGUAAACAAGUUAACAAAAGAUAAUCCGUUUGAUUACCAUAGCUUUUAAUUUCUUCAAGGACUGUUUCCUCAAAGGCUUCUACGAAGCUACAGAGUUUUAUCACCCUCUUGAAAAACAGCUUCAGAUUUUUAUUGGUGUUAAAAAUAAGCAAAAGAUGAAUUGGUAAAUCAAAAUGGCCGCCGUUUUUAUUGUUUUGGAACACGAAUAUGGCCGCUGUGACGUCAGUCUUAGACAUGGAAAAAAAGAAAGAGAAAUAAGAGCUUAAACCGCGCAAAACCGAGCGAAAUCGAAAACGCUCCACUCUGUCAUCCCUGAUUUCGGGGGAAGGGUCUCUGUCACUAGCCCCUGUGGUCGGUUGGAUAUCUUAGUCGAAGUCCUUCCUUGCGAUGAUAGAGUUUCGUACUCUUCUUUGCGGUUAAAGUAUAAACCCCUCUCCUGAUUUAUUGCCCCGGCAAGGAUUUCGCCCAGAAGGCGAAAUCCCGAGGAGGCACCCUAGCAAAUCGCGCGUAUAUUAAGGAAAGUACUUACAGUUGAAAUACACAGUCAGUGUGCCAGAAAAAAUCUCGAUUUCCUUGAACAGGGGCCGCGAGGAAUCGGUAGGCAAUGAUGACGUUUCUAUUGUUUGUGCCCGCAAGUACGAAAUGGUUAGGAUGAAGUUAAGACAGAAAAUCCCGAAGAAACCGCUUACAAUAGGUAGAUUUUGUGACCUUUAUUGUGCAGUCACACUUCGAUACUCUUUUGCGUUACGUGUUAAAAGUGACAUUCUGUGGAGCAGUUGUUUUGAAAGUUAUGGACCAAAAGACACUCGUUAAGCGCAGAUGAAGUUAUAAGGUGUGUAUAACUGUGUAUAUAUGUAAACACUUGGAGAGUUUGCCAGGCACGAGUUCACAAAUCUUUGAUUGGAAACCUUGCCAGACACUCUUUCUCUCUCUUUGACCGGAAUAAGACUCAGUCCCAAAAAAGCAAGGCGAGUGAACAACGGCUAGCUUAUCACUAGCAGAACGAUGCAUGGAUGAUUACAGAAAUUCGCCGACAAUAAAAUUCUUGAUCACAGAUGUCCUUGCGCUAUAAAGUUUAAAAUAAGACUAGAAUGCGCGAGCGUAAAAUUCCUUUCAUAAUUUCUAAGGCUUACUUUCCGGCAAAUAAAAUGAGCUAAGGUUUAGAAUAAACUAUUUUCGAAACUGAGAAUGUUUUCAUCAAAGCUGUGUGAUUAGCCUGCGAAAACAUCCGUUUCUCCUCGCUCUUCGCCGUUGGGGACGUUUCGCGCGGAGGAACGUCUGCGACUCAGUGACAGAAAUUCCAUACUGAUGACGGCGGCCGUGAGCUGGGGGAAUGGGGGAGGUCGCCGUCGUAUGGCGCGAAAAAUUAAAAUCUGUCCGAAAUCCGGGAAGUGCUGGUUGGUCGACAGACAAUUUAUAGCACAAUUACAUUGUUUUGGUUUACACCAAACUAAAAUAAUCAUUUAACACGAUUCAGGUACGACAGUCUUGACAGACUUGAACAUUUACAUCUAUUCAUCUGUAAAACAUAAACCUUUUCAAAAAGACAAAUUUGAAUUGUAAUUAAGCAGAGUGAGUUACUAUAAAUAAACUGAUCAAAAAUAUCUGCAACAUGUGCCGAAAAUGUCAAAUCUAAAUAUAAACCAUUUAAAGAGCAUUCACAACAAAAUGAACAGAGGUUUCAAGAUUUUCAUCAUAAACUGAUCUUGUUUACCCUCAACUUCAACUCUCUGCUUUUGCAGCUGCAAUUCUUCCUCUUUCCACUUUUGAACAAGCACAUUUUUUCGCGCAAAUAUGCAAUUGUGAAUGUGAAGAAUCUCAAGGCCGUUCAGAUUGUUUGCAAUUUUUUUCUAGAUCUGACUAGAAAUGCUUCCUUUCUUGUACUUAAAGGGUUCAAGUACUAAAAUUUCUUGGCACAAGCAGUUGUCAUGUUCCUCCGUCCACUCCAUGUUUGAUCUGAAAAAUCAUAAUUACAUCUACCUUCAACAAACUUUUGCUCAAACAGAAAACUUUGAGAUCAUUUCCACUGAGGCUUAUUUGCAGACACGAACUUUCGAAGCUGUUUAGGAGGAGAAAGAAACCAGUCAAUUUUCGCUUUUCAAUAUUUGUGGAAUAUAGUCGUUUUGACGUCUCCGUCCUAGAAGAACUUCCGCUCGCCGUCGUAGACAUUUGAGUCCCUAUUUUUUUGUUUUGCUGGAGCUCUUUGGCAGAUGAACAUAACACCACCAAAAUCGACCAGAGGAGACAAAAUUGGACAAAUUUAUAUUUGGAACCCCAUGACUACCGGAUUUAUUAUGUAAACAUUGAUUUGCGUCAUCAGUAUGGAAUUUUUGCCACUCAGUCGCAGACGUUCCUCCUUACGAAACGUACCCAGCUACGAAGAGCGAGGAGAAACGGAUGUUUUCGCAGGCUACUGUGUGAUUAUGACUGAAAAUGUGCAUGGAAUCUUGCGUUUCCUGUAUUUAUUUCACCUAUUGUAUGGAAUAUGUGUGAAAAUCUUCAUUAUGAAUCGGUAUAUUUCAAAGAGCUACACAACGAGCAAGAAUUCUAUUGACUGACUAUACAGAGCGGGGGCAGCUGUAGAGUCAACUAUUAUAUAUCGAAAUGAUUUUAAUUUGUGUAAAUGACCUUCACGGCAUACGUUUUACGCAAUCUUUGAUAGUUUUCAAAUCUGUUCUUUUUUUUGCAGGUUUUUUGACGGUACGAUAACCAUCAGCAGUUAACAAAGUAAUUUACGAGGCAAAUUUUAGCAAUACUUAAGGGGACACAGUCAGCUGAUGCACAUGCGCAUAAAUACCAUUUCUUAGCUGAUUUGCAUGUCACGAGACGCGCUUGAAACACAAGCGUAUCCGGAAUACUCUUUAACAAACCUUGUAGAGUUGAACUAAUCGUGAUUAUAGGCCACAAGCCACAUCAGGGCACUCAUUUUUUAUAUACCAUUGAAAAUUCACCGAUGGAUUUUUCCAGGGAAGCCAAACAUCGACGAAUACUUCCGAAUUCGAACAUCAGUAGAGGUGAGAAAUUGCACGAAGUCUGAGUGACUGUACUGUGUGGAAGGUUCACGGUCGAGAACGCUUGAUUUUCCAAAUAUUGUAACCUUUUCCAUAUGUUACUGAUUCAUUUCUCUUGUUAUUUUGGUAAACGAAGGCGAUUUCUCCCGCCCGGCGCCUACGCGUUUCUCACCUCUUCUGUUCAUGUUCCUUUGAAUACUGUUGUUAACCAAAUAUGAUAAAAUAACGUAAUAGGAUGAGUAAAUGUUUGCUCAAAAAGAGAUUUUCAGUAAAAU